GCUGGGGUCCAGCAGAGAGGCUUCUGGGCUCGCCGGUCGCAGGUUAACGAGAGCUUGCCGUGAGCGCCGGGAGCGCCGGGAGCGCCGGGUCGGGAACCUGGGGUCCUCGGAACUUUGUGCUUAAAGUUGCCCCCUGCGCCAGCUUCCAUUUCUGGGUGCACUCCGACUUUGCAGAGCUGCGGGCGGGCGAGCCCGAGUCAGGUUUUGUGACCGCUGGGGCUGAGGGUCCUUCCCGGGGCUGCCCAGCUGGCCAGCCACAGCCUGGUUUCUCGCAUCAAAUUCAAAUUGUCCGUUUCACUCGACAUUUGUUACCUUUGCCUCACCCCACCCCCCAAGGCUGGACUUCCCGGGAGUGAAGACCUCCAAAAUUGUAUGGAAACACUAGAGAGGAAAGUGCCUCCAGAUGACCAGAGAUCAGUAAUUGCCGGUUUCUGAUGACUGAUUAUUAUCUCUCAUGCAAUGGCAUGGAUCAGAAUGAGGAGUAAAUGGCUGUCGCCAGUUGCAAAAUAAGAAAGAAGCAGGCAACAGAUUGGAACUGCCAUGGACCCUUGUGAAGAUCUAAAAAUGUCCAGCGGUAAAUCGGACUCCCCGGGGGUUGAACCUAAUGAACUUCAAGGACCACAGGCCGGCGGCACUGGGGCCCUGGGGAAAGAAGCUGAUGAGAUGUGGAGCCAGAAAUACCAACUUAAGAGCAAAUACCUGGAGAGCAGCAACAGUGAACAGCAAGAUCGCAACAGAGUUUCUGAAGAGCUGAUAAUGGUUGUCCAGGAAAUGAAAAAAUACUUCCCAUCAGAGAGACACAAUAAACCGAGCACUCUCGAUGCCCUCAACUAUGCCCUUCGCUGUGUGCAGAGCGUCCAAGCAAACAGUGAGUUUUUCCAGAUUCUCAGUCAAAAAGGAACACCUCGAACAGAUGUGACCAUGUACAGUCUUGAGGAGCUGGCCACCAUUGCUUCAGAGCACACUUCUAAAAACACAGAUACCUUUGUGGCAGUUUUUUCAUUUCUGUCUGGAAGGUUAGUGCACAUUUCCGAGCAAGCAGCUUUGAUCCUGAAUUGUAAGAAAGAUUCCCUGGACUCCUCUCAUUUUGUUGAACUGCUUGCUCCUGAAGAUGUGCGGAUGUUCUACACACACACUGCACACACUCAGCUUCCCUUCUGGCACAACUGGACCGAAACAGCAGCGUCGCAGUAUGACCGUGCUCCAGUGAAGUCCUUUUUCUGCAGGAUCCGUGGAGGUGAAAACAGAGAGCAAGAGAAGCGUUACUACCCAUUCCGGAUUAUUCCGUAUUUGAUUCAUGUGCACAGCUCUGCCCGGCCAGAAUCGGAACCCUGCUGUCUCACACUGGCCGAGAAGAUUCACUCAGGUUACGAAGCUCCUCGAAUCCCAGUGGAUAAAAGAAUUUUUACCACAACACACACUCCAGGGUGUGUUUUUCUUGAGAUAGAUGAACGAGCCGUGCCUCUGCUGGGAUACCUCCCUCAGGACCUGGUCGGAACGUCCAUCCUAACAUACCUGCACCCGGAAGAUCGUGCUCUGAUGGUCGCCGUCCACCAGAAAGUGCUGAAGUAUGCAGGCCACCCUCCCUUUGAACAUGCACCCGUCAGAUUUUGUGCCCAGAAUGGCGAUUACGUCAUCCUGGACUCCAGCUGGUCCAGCUUUGUGAACCCGUGGAGCCGGAAGGUCUCCUUCAUCAUGGGCCGGCACAAAGUCCGAACGAGUCCAUUGAAUGAGGAUGUCUUUGCUGCCAGAAUAAAAAAGACGAACAACAGUGACAAAGACAUAACAGAAUUACAAGAACAAAUUCACAAACUUCUGUUACAGCCAGUUCACGUGAGCGCGUCCAGUGGCUACGGCAGCCUGGGUAGCAGCGGGUCCCAGGAGCAGCACGUCAGCGUGGCCUCCUCGAGUGAGUCCAGCGGGCCCUGCAGGGAGGACGCCCAGAAGGAGCCGUUGACUUUGCAGCAGGUCUAUGCCAGUGUAAACAAAAUUAAAAAUCUGGGUCAGCAGCUGUACAUCGAGUCAAUGACCAAAUCACCCAACAAGCAAGCAUUGCGGACACGCCCAGGACAGCCUGGCGGUGAGCAGAAGGCCUUUUCGUCCUUACAGACAUUGAAAAACACUGGUGUGAACACAGAGUCUUGUGAGGAUUUGAGAAAAGAUCAGCAUAGCCCAUCCUAUCAGCAGAUAAACUGCAUUGACAGUGUUAUCAGAUACCUGAAGAGCUACAACAUUCCAGCUUUGAAAAGAAAGUGCAUAUCCUGUACGAAUACAACGUCAUCCUCAGAGGAAGACAGACAGCACCACAAGGCAGACGAUGUCCAGGCUUUGCAAGCUGUUUCCCAGCUCCCAGCCACAGCUAAGUCGGAAGUGCCCACUCACAGACGGCCCGCCAGCACCAAAGGGGGUGCUCCACAGAGCCUGUCCACCGCGGCGCUGAGCCUGGGCUCCGGCAUCAGCCAGUGCAGUUACAGCAGCACCAUGGUCCACGUGCCACCGCCAGAGCCAGCAGAAUUGACUCCAGCUGAGGAAGCCACUGCCACCUGUGAGCCUGGGGCACCCCCGACGCAGGCGUCCCCGCUGACUGCGGAGGACUUCAGGCACGUGGGGCUCACGAAGGCUGUCCUGUCGGCCCACACACAGAAGGAGGAGCAGAACUAUGUGGACAGGUUCCGGGAGAAGAUCUUGUCAUCUCCCUACAGCUCCUAUCUUCAGCAGGAAAGCAGAAGCAAGGCUAAAGAGUCCUGUGUUCAAGGAGACUCGACUUCCAAGCAGACCCGGCCGGCCAGUUGCAAGAAGGGGAAGCACAGGCGUAAGAAGCUGCGAGAGCCGCUGGACAGCCAGUGCGCUGGGGACACCUUCUGUCCCCACGUCAGGGUGGACGCCCAGAACCCGCAGCCCUGGUGCUCGGCCCCCGCCGCUGCUCUCCACACCCCUGGCCUGUCGCUCCCGGCUGCGGUGGCGGCCCCCAGCCAGGCCCCAUACCUCAUCCCAGCGUUCCCCCUGCCCUCCGUGACCUCACUGGGAAGAGAGUACGAAGCCUCAGUGACAGCACUGGACUGUCUGCCCAGGCUGCCUUUCCCAGCUGUCCCUUUGCCUUACGUGACCAUUUUUCUACCUGACCCCCCGGCCUGUCAUCUGUUGGCACCAACGUUCUCUCCGUGUCCACUCCUGGGAGUAGCAGGCCCUUCUGAAACCCCGCCCUUGGUGUCGGCGGUGGCUCCCCACGUGGCAGCGCCACCUCCAGUCACUGACCAGAGGGCUGGGGAGCCCUGGGACAGCCAGAGCGACGAUCCCCCGUUUCUCAGCUCGAGAGGCAGCUCGCCGCUGCAGCUGGACUUGCUGCAGGAGGACCUGCCUGGGUCCUGUGCGUCUGCAGAGCAGCAGUGCAUCACAGACCACAGUGGCAAGGGGAGCCACCGUUUCACUGUGGGCGCCCUGUCGCCUCCCCGGGAGUCUGGACCUGGCUCUGCAGCAUCAGGAACCAGUGAGAGCAGCGUGCAUUUUGCUAGCAGUGACGAUUCCUCUGAAAUCCCCCAGCAUGGGCAGCAUUUUCGGGAUGUGCAGGCACAAGCAGCGCUUGCCACCUUGGGGGACGAGUCCAUCUGGAGGAUGAUAAAGGAGACCCCCGAGUGCAUUCUCAUGACAUACCAGGUGCCUGAGAGGGUCACCGAAGUUGUCCUGAAAGAAGACCUGGAAAAGCUGGAGGGCAUGAGGCGGCAGCAGCCGCACUUCUCCCCUGGACAGAGGGAGGAGCUUGCCCGGGUGCAUUCUUGGAUCCAGAGCCAGACUCUCCCUCAGGAAAUAGACAUCCCAGGCUGUGUCACUUGCAAAAGCAAAGAUUUGGUCGCUGGUGCUGUAGGACCCCGUGGCGAGGACCCAGCAGAAGACAGCAGUUGAGUGAUCGUGGAGGUGCCAGCGGCACUUUCUCCGCAGGACCUGCUGGGCGGGGGUCCUCUCUGCGCCUCUCUGUCCACCCCUGGCUCUUAAUGGCCGGGACCUU